UUGCCCUCAUGGUUAUCGCUUGACUGUACCAAAGAGAACAAGGAAGCAACAUGUGCCGAUAACUAUACAAGUAAUAUGAUCACAGCAAUAUAGAGAGGAAAUAGAGAAAAUAGUAAUUGUACUGGAUAUUUAAAAUACUGCGGUUAUUAUACAGAAACUAUGAAGAGAGAGGUAAACGCCGGGGUGAAUUUCCUGAGACGCCUAGCCGUGGAGCGGGGUGGCUUGGAUGGUACCAAAGCUGACGCUUUUGCUGGAAAGCUGCGGCAACUUCUGUGCGACAAAUUCAAAGACCACUGGUACCCCGACAACCCCAACAAAGGACAUGCAUUCAGGUGUAUCAGGGUAAGCGAGGGGGUGGUGUGUGAUGAGCAGGUGCUGAGAGCGUGUGAGGAGAGCAAGCUCAAACCCAGCGAGCUGGGACUCCCAUGCGAGGUUGCGCUGUGGAUCGACCCACUGGAGGUGUGCGUACGGUCAGGGGAGAACUGCAGGUACUUCACAGUAGCUCGUUUCAAAGAAGGAGAAGAGGAGGAUGAGGAAGAUGUGAAAGGAGACAAAGAUGUUGACCUGGAUACGUCUGACUACCACUCUGCCAGCUCGUCUGACUGUGGCUCCGCUGUCUCCAGCGAUACAGAGGAGGAGGGGAAGGAUGGAGAGACGGACGGAAGAAAAGAUGAGGAGAAGACGAAAGAGAAAGAGGGAAAGAAAGAGAAGGCGGAGGGCGAACCUUGUGCGAUUGCCAUGAUGCCCAGGGUUCGGGACAGGCUCAGGGUGGAGCAUGCUCAACAGAAGGUCACCAAAACACUGCUCCAGCCCACCUCUCAGCAUUACUUCUACCACCCUGCCCCUGUGUGGCCCACAACAUACAAGAAGAAGGGUCCUGUGUUCCUCACCACAAUAUACGCGCCUCCACCUCCACCUCCUCCAGUGUUCGGCUACUACGUCCUGCCCCAGCCACCCCCGCAGUUCAUCAUGCCUUAUGCCACUCUGCAGCCAUGGGGGGCUGUGAAGAACUAAACCAACAGAAAUCUUUAGUCUGCUAAAGGCCAGAUUGAAGAACAUCACAAUUGUGAUGUACUCUUAUAAUCUCCACCCGGCACAGCCAGAAGAGGUCUGGCCACCCCUCAGAGCCUGGUUCCUCUCUAGGUUUCUUCCUAGGUUCCUGCCU